UAUUAGUUCCAUUUAUGGAGUUUAUUUUAAUUUUGUAUGAGGAUCACAGGCCUGGUUGCUGAUUGUCAAAUUUAGGUUUGCUAGUUUUAUGAGCUUGUCAGGAUUUGAUGGUAGAUGUAGAUCAUACAGUUGUUGGUGGCAGAGCUAAUUUGCCAAUAUACUCACAAAUUGUGGCAGAGUCAGGAUUGAAGGUAGGAGGGGGCAAAAGAAUAUCUUGUGUAAUAAUAUACAAUGAACGAAACGACCUGUGUUCCAAUGAUACGGAUACGGUAUCGGAUACAAGAUACCAACACGCUACUAUGAUACACCACCUUGAAAAACUAAAAUACGGCGAUACAGCAUACUCAAUAUUUAUCAAAAGUUUAACAUAAAUAUAUUAUAUAUAAGAUAGAAAUUUAACAAAAUACAUACAUGGGUUUGCAUGAUCAAAAUAUAGUUAUGUAUUUUAAAGUCUGUUUUAUGCAUUGUAAAGCCUCCUAAAUUUUAUCAUUUAUUCAUUGUUUGGCCACACAAAAUGAGAUUUUUUUUAUGCCCUGGCUGCACCACAAUUUAAUAAUUGUGAUCUAUUGGAAAAUGUCAGACAGUAUUGUUGGGCAUUGUUGGAGUCUAAGUUCUAUGAUGUUUUGAAUAUGUAUGAAUUCGCUGUACUUCUUUUGGUUGUACUUGCAUUCCGUUACUUGUAGAUGGACCGACGAAAUUGGUACCUGGAUUUCCGUUACUUGAACCGAAUGAGUUACCCUCUUUCAUUUACAAACCCGACGUGUACCCUGCAAUUCUUCUGUUAAUGUUGUGUCGGUUUUCUAAUGUUGAUGAAGCAGAUUGGUUACUUUUUAAUACCUAUGAGGAGCUUGAGGAACAGGUGGUGAACUGGAUGGCAAAGCAAUCACAAACAAGAAUGAUCACAAUAGGACCAACAAUGCCGUCAUUUUACCUAGACAAGAGACUGGAGGAUAACGCCUACGGGCUUCAUCUCUUUACACCGGAUUCUGACACUUGCACGAAGUGGUUAGACACGAAAGAAGCCACAUCAGUUGUCUACAUGUCUUUCGGGAGUUUGGCUAAUUUAGGAGAGGAACAAAUGGAGGAAAUAGCUUGGGGAAUUCGGAAUACCAACUACAAUUUCAUUUGGGUAGUUAGAGCUACUGAAGAAUCUAAACUCCCAAAAAACUUUGUACAAGAGACUUCUGGUAAAGGUUUGGUGACAGGAUGGUGUCAGCAACUGGAGGUGUUGGCACACAAAGCAGUGGGAUGUUUCGUAACACAUUGCGGAUGGAACUCAAUACUUGAGGCAUUAAGUUUGGGUGUCCCUAUGGUAGCAACGCCACAGUGGACUGAUCAACCCACUAAUGCAAAAUUCGUCGAGGAUAUAUGGAAGGUUGGUGUUCGAGCCAAAACUGAUGAGAAGGGGAUGGUUACGAGAGACGAAUUAGAGGAAUCAAUAAAAUUAGUAAUGGAAGGAGAGAGGAGGGAAGAGAUAAAUAAGAAUGCUAUCAGACUGAAAGAGUUGGCUCUGGAGGCUGUUGAUGAAGGUGGAAGCUCUGACAAGAACAUCCAUGAAUUUGUAUCUAAAAUCUUAUGUAACAAUUACAGGGCUGCAUUGUGUUAAAUAAGACGAUCGCCCUUCUC